CUCUCCACACUUUCAUUUCUCAUUUCUCUCUAUUCUCUCUUUCUAAAACCCUUCAAAGUUCAACAAACUCACACUUCCAUGGAUUCUUCUUAUUCAACAAACUCACCGAUCACCACCAUCCACUCCGACAUAAUCCAAUCCCACAUCCUUUCCCGACUCGACGGCCCAUCUCUCACUUCCGCCGCUUCCACCGCCUCCCACCUCAACCGCCUCUGCACCGAAAACCAUCUCUGGCAAAAAAUCUCCACCGCCACGUGGCCUUCUCUCAAUAACCCUCUCGCCACGUCACUCAUCUCCACCUUCCCAUCCUCUCACCGUUCAGUUUUCUCCGACUCAUUCCCCUCCGUCGAUUACUCCUCUUCCUCAAUCUCAACAACCUCAACAACAACAUCAUCAUCAUCGCCAACGAGAGAAUUAAUCUCAGCCGUCGAUUUAUACUACAAGGGCAAACCGGUCUUUUCCAAAAUCCUCCGAACGGAAACUCAUAACGGAUGGUUCUUAUGUUCACCUCUAUGGAUUGAAAUUCUCGACCCAAACGAAGUUAUUCAAACAAAUAUAAAAUUCGAGCAAAACGACGUCGUGGAGUGGCUUGAACAAAAUCUGACAUUAAGCUGGAUUAUGAUCGAACCGACACGUAAGCGUUCGGUGAACCUCUCCAGCCGGUUACCGGUAACCGUGAGACGUCACUGGCUGACGGGGGAGUUUGAGGUUUUAUACGCUGUGGUAAUGGGAGUAGUGCAGUGCACGAUAAAGGUCACGUGCUGUGGGAAAGCCGGGGGAGAGAUGCACGUGAGGGAGGUGAGUUUUAGUAUGGAGGAUAUGGAUGGAAGACACGUGGUUGGGAGGGAUAGUUUGGUAAUUUUGCAAGGGGCGAUGGAGAACGGUGAGAGGAAGAAGGUGGAUGUUGAGAAAGCGAAGAAGAGGUUUGAGGGAUUCUGUUUGAUGAAGAGAGAGAGGAGAGAGAGAAAGUUGAGGAGAGAGAAAGCGAUGGAUAUGUUUAUUAUGUUGGUCGCUAUCGUCAUUUUUGCUUUUCUUUUUCGGUUUGUGAGGUUUUGGUUUUGGGUUUGAGUUUGACCCAAAAAAAAUUAACUUCACUUUUGUUUUUUUUUUUAUUGUACAGGUACGGUUGAAAAAUUAUGAAGCAUAUAAUUUUAUAAAAAUAACAGUGUAAGAAAAAAAGAACAAGAUAUACAACAAAACAUUAUACGCGUAUCUAUGAUUAAUUCAAGUUUGUUGAUUAAUUU